GGUUUCUUCCAUGAUCUGUUCCAUGAAAUGAUGGAAGGCACCAAAAAGUCACAUAAAGCAGUCCACACAUUUAUAGUCUGUUCCAGGAGAGUUAACUGCUUCUACCCAGUCUGUGCUAUUACCUGUAGGGUUUUAGCUGUUUGAGACUUGCUGAUUUUGGGCUCUUUGCUCCAGUUCCCUUCUGUGCAGCUAGAUGGUUGCAGUAAUUUAUGAUUUAUUGUUUCAUGCUGGAGAAAGUCAAGAGGUAGAAGAUGGUUCUGUUCAGGAGAGCAAGUUGUUAAAAGCUUAUGCCCUUUCUGAAAGAACGUGUGUUCAAGUUGGCACAUCCCAUACAAUUUCUGGUCAUUUUUUGAGUUACUUGUCUCAAGAUACUCCUUUCAGGUUUGUAAAAGAAUUUUGUACUUGUCAAAGCACUAAUAUCUCAAGGGUAGAAUCAAAGGAGAGCUGGCAGCAGGCUUGAGGCCAUUUCUCCCAAGAGGGAAGUCUGAGUCCAGUUCCAAAAGUCAAGGGAAAGAAAAUAAAAGCUUCGAGAAACUCAUAAACACGUGAGAGAAGAUGACAAGAUCUAGAUCAAGAUCACCACGAUGGAAACCAAGGUCCUUAUCUCCAGCUUUUAGGACUCCAGAGCACCACAGGCAAAGGCAUGAUCAUAUUAAUUAUGACUGUGAAUAUAAAAGCUUUCGUAAGGAUCCAAAAAAGUCUAUGCCUUGGAGAACAGAAGAUGAAAAGUAUGGACAAAGCAAUUCCAGGUUUGCACCUCAUGGAAAUAACCACCAGAGAAUAUAUCAACGUAGGUCACCUUCACCAAACCUGAAAAGAAUUCCCAUGGAAGAUGCUUACAGUCAUAAGCCCUACAGAACACAUUCAUCUGAAAGGACUGAAAGUAAUAGGAGAUGCCAGUUACCACCAAAAUACUCGGAAAUACCUUAUAAAGAUCACGAUCGUCCAUUUUACCAGCACAAGAUGGAGGACAGAUACAUGUUUGAUCACUACAAAGUCACUGGUAAUGAAAAAGGAAUGAAACCUUUUCAUAGACCAUUAGGGGCUUCUUGCAAACUUGAAAGAAAAUGGCAUGAAGAUGACUUGAGGCACCAGAGGUUACAUGAAGAGAAGUAUGGUCAGUCACCCAGAAGAGUUUCUGAUGAAUUUACGGCAAGGAGCUCUUUACAGAAGAGGUAUCCUGAAGAUCACGAUUACAGAGAAUAUGGGCACGCGUCUAAAAGGGCUAAGGAAAUGGAGAGGUAUGACGGUGGAGAUGUAGCAAGAAAUUCCGAGUGGAAGCAAGAACGUUCUUUUCCACCCUGCCAAGAAAAGGAGGAGCAAAGAUACCCGGGUGGCCAGUCCCGCCGGUCGGCUGAGAGGGAGUACUUGGGGGGGUCUGUCACAAAGAUAGCCUAUGAGUACAGUCACAAACGGCGCAGGCAUCCCGACGGGGAAAAGCCUUUUCCAGACGACAGAGCUCAGAAGUACGUGAAGCAGGAAGAGCAGAAGUACGGCUCUUCCAAGGGGGCCCGGAACAGCAAGGAGUUAGAUUACUUUAGUGGUGGCAGAGCGAGGCGGACUGAAGAACGGCACGUUGAGGAACCUCUUAAAUACAGUUCAAAGAAGGGCUGCAAUGCUUGUGUUAACUCUUCCAAAACGGAUGUUGAGCUGAGAUCUUUUAAAAACAAACUGAAUGAAAGAGUGAGGAAAGAUGGGGAAUUGAGGAAAAAUGUAGAUUCCUCCAAUAGCCAGCAUGAUGCAAGUCAUACUGUUUCAGAUGUGAAAAUGUCAGAUGCCAGCUGUAUGAGAGAACAUCUCACAGUCAAAGUGGAUAUGAAGAAAAUGGUGACCAAGUACAGGACUUCUAGUCACACUACAGAGAGACAGAUGUCCCAUGAUCUGGUUGCUGUUGGCAGAAAAAAAGAAAAUUUUCAUCCAGUGUUUGAGCACAUGGAAUCUGUAACACAAAACAUUGAAAAUGACCCAUCAAAAGAAUUCACUCAGGAAAUAAUCACAAUUAUUCAUCAAGUGAAAGCAAAUUAUUUUACAUCUUCUGACAUAACUCUACAUGAACGGUUCUCAAAAAUUCAGGAUAAAUCAAGUGCAAAUACAAAUGAAGUUAAAAGACAUUUGGAUCCAGAAAUUCACAGGAGGAUUGACAUGUCUCUAGCAGAACUUCAGAACAAACGAACUGUGCCAUCUGAAUCUCCCCAGAACAUUGUAAGAGUGUUAGAAGAUCCAAAUGAUCUACGGUAUGAUAUAGAAAGGAGAAGAAAAGAGAGAUUGAAGAAUGAAGAUGAGAGAGUGUUUCAUGUAGAUGGUGUAACUCCAAGGAACCAGCAAAGCUGCAAUCUUUCAAAGUUACAAACAUCUCAAGUUGAUGGUUUCCAAAAGCCUGUGAGGUUCAUUAAGCCACCUUUGAGGAAAUUUAUUGGGAGACCUCAUCUGAAUUCUUACUAUUCUUCAAAACCAAGUGACAUGUACCCCUACAGCCGCAUUAGAGGACAUCUUGAAAAUGCAGGACCCAUCAGAAGGCACUUUAAGAGUAACUUUGCAGAUGGCCGUUUGCAACCCCAUUAUAAAUCAGGCUUAGUGCAGAAGGGUUUAUAUAUUCAGGCUAAGUACCAGCGAUUGCGUUCUGUUGGUGUAAGGGGAUUUGCCACUAAUAAAUUCAGAGAUGGAUUUUUGAGGAAAGAAAAGGGAAAUCUAAAUAUUGCAACAGAAACCUGAACUGAGCUGAGAUCCUGAGGUUGAAACAGAUAACACAGCAAAGGGAGCAUCUGUUUGGUUUUUGACAACUUUCUCAAGACUUAAAAUAGGAUAAAGGAACUAAUGCUGUAACUUUCUUGAUCAAAAAAUAACUUUAUUUUGAAUGCUGCAGAACUUUUUUACAGUUUUAAUAAUUGCUUUUAAAGUACAGUAUUCAAUUGAAACAUCAUAUUAUGUACCUUUAGUUCUGUUUGCAUAUCAGUCUCCAAGUAAGGAAGUCAUUGAAGGGAGUCUUAUUUAUUGAAUACUUUUUCUCUAAGCAUGAUGUUACAGAUGGAACUUGAGUUGUUAUACCCAGAGGUUUAUAUGUUGAAAGUUUAUUGCUAAUGUAAUAAUAAAAAGAAAAAAAAAA